AUGACGGACGACUUGGGCUCAUCCGGAAUGGAUGGUGCCCCUGGUCCUGAAUCGCGCCCGCGUCGCAGGGCAGUCGCAGUGAGGGGAGGAGCUUCUGCUCGGACCCCCAUUGUGGCGAGAUACUCGCGCCGUGAGGACUCCGCCUCGUCAAGCUCCCGCAACUCAUCGGUCUCAAGGAGUACGACCCCGAUUCCUAGGGGGAACUAUGGGUUAGGGAGCGCGACGGCUGAGCUUAGGGCGGCAGAGGAGGAGACGAGGGAGAGCGGAUUGAGUCGGUUCCUCCGGGACCGCGUGGUGGGGCGGGCGGCCCAUACUACGGUCUUAGACCCAGAGGAGGGGAUGGCGAGCGAGGAGUCUUGCCGAGAGGACCCCACCAAGCUCGGCACACAGGAGCUGCGGGCUUGGGCGGGAAGGAGCACGGCGUCCAUCAUACAGCUGGCUACCAAGUCCAGCCACCUGAAAGGGACGUACGUAAAGAAGUUCAAGGAGGCGGCCUCGGAACUCCAGGCCAUAGUGGAAGCCCUCACCACGCGGAACGAGGCCGAGGAAACCCGCCGUCUGCAGGCGGAUAACAACCGCCUCCGCUCUGAACUGGAGAUAAUCAGGGCGGAGCAGAAGGCGUAUCGGCGGGACUUCACCGAAAUGAAGACCGCGAUGGCCAAGGAGGCAGCGAGGGAGGCCUCGAAGAUGGCAGCUGAGGGAGCUUCGGCAAAGGAAGCGGCAACAGGUGCGCCACCUGCUUCGGCCCUGCAGGCGGACGUCCUGGAGGAGUUAAAAGCCUCCAUAGUGGCCGCAGUUGGGAGGAUGUUGGACGCCCGUUUUGCAGGGAUUGAGAAGCGCCUUCUACCUGAAAGGGUCGUCCGCCCACCGCUGUCCUCAGACAGAAGGGGCCCGGUUCCUCCCCGUACGGCUGGAGCUCCACAGGCAGUUCGGGGCCUCUCGGGCGGCCUCGGAGCGAGCCCGGCCGCAGCGUCGCCUGGGGCACCCCCGGCGACGACUCCCACCAGCAAUCUCCCGACGGCAACACCGAAGAACCCUUCCGCGGCGGCUGCUAAGCCCAAGCCAAAGCCCAACCUGGCCCCGCCCAAGACUGCAGCCGUAGUAAUUACCCUGGCUCCAGAGGCGGCCAGGAAAGGCGUGACCUACGCUCAGGUCUUGGAGCAGGCGGAGAGAAGGGUAAAUCUGGAGGAGCUCGGCAUUGGCGCGGGGAUGCGGAUUCGCCGCUCUGCCACCGGGGGCAGGCUACUGGAGUUGCCUAAAGAGCAAACUCAGGACCAGGCUGAGGUGCUCGCGGAACGUCUCCGAAUAGCAUUGGAGGGAGUGGCGGAGGUCGUCCGCCCUACGAAAACGGUGACACUCCGUGUUACCGGGUUGGACGAUUCUGCCACGGCCGUUAAGGUUGCGGAGGCGGUGGCUCGGGCAGGGGGCUGCUCGCUCACCGCGGUUAAGGCAACUCAGGUGCAGACGGGCCCCUUGGGAACUGGCUGGUCCACUGUUUACUGCUCAGUGGACGCGGCCAAAAAGGUUUGCGAUGCCGGACGCCUGCUGGUGGGCUGGAGCUCAGCAGGAGUCCAGGCACUGGAGCACCGCCCUCUGCGCUUCUUCAGGUGCAUGGGUAUGGGACACACGGCGUCUUUGUGCCCCUCCAAAACCGACUGGAGCAAGAUGUGCUACCGGUGUGGAGAGGAGGGCCACAGGCACGUAGGAUGCGAGAGGCCCCUGCGCUGCGCCGUCUGCGCGGACGCAUCUCAGCCGUCAGGGCACAUCAUGGGGGGGAAGAGCUGCCACCCCCCUCAAGGGAAAGCCCGAGUUGUCCCCUCUCAGAGCGACCGAAGUGGCCCAGCGCAAAACGAAGACACUGAUAUGCCGUCAAAUGAAUAG